GAGCCGUUUCAUGUUGCAAGUCAACUCGAAUCUCAAAGCCUCAAAUUUUGAGCUGAAGUUGUGAUUUUUCGGUGGAAAUUUGCUUUCAUCCAGCUCGGUGCCUCCUUGUCGUUGAGGAUCCUGUUGCUUACACUGGAAAGACUCUUCUGUCUCCCGUUGUGACUGUGUGUGGGUGUGUUAGUGCCUUGCUGUGUCUCAGGCUCCUGGUGAAGAUCAUCUUCUGCAUAGCUGCCAAAAGAAUUGGUUUCCCUUCAACACUCCAGAUUUAACCAAUUGCUGAUUCUCACACAUAAAGUCCAUCAAGGAUAUGUCUUCGUCACACACUAGGGUUGGUGUUAAACCAGUCAUCCCUUCAAAAUCGUCAGCACGGGACAACGGCGAACUCAUUCUGGGAUAUACACAGGCAGGAUAUAGCAAUGUGCUGGUUUCAAUAACAAACUUACAAUACCGUGAAAAGUCCAAAAAAGCUUUCCAACUCUCAAAGAACUCUUCGAGUCUAAAAGUCCCUAGUCCAUCAGCACAGGAUGUUAACAUAUAUUCAGGUCCCCAUGUCGAAAGUACCAUUGGUCUUAUUGCCUCAUGGAUCGAAUUGGAACACGAAAACGAUUCGAUAGCAGAAUUCUCCAGGCAGGUGUUGAUGCACGAAUUGGAGUAUGCAAAGUUCAUUGGCUUGAAACAUAUCAUAAUCGCACCUCCAAAGGACUUGCUGCGGCUCUCCCAGUUUUCUAAUAUCAUACAAGAUAUCCUACAAUUCACAUCUGAAUCCUUGAUCACUAUCUCAGUAUCACUACCUAUAUGCGAAGAACUCAAAGAGAAUUCAAUUGACCCCCUAGGAACAUGGGAUAUGUGGAACUCGAUUAGAACUUCUGUGGACUACAACGACCGGUUAAAAUUGUCGCUUGCGCUUGCCAAAGGCUCUAUACCAUUAGAAGUUGUUUACAGGUGGUACUCAGAACCAGUAUCGUGUUUGUUAAUGUCAUCUUCGGUCUUUCUGAUAAAUAACAAAGGUUAUCCAGUUCUCUCCAAAUCAAAUCAACGAAUUCUGGAAACAUUCAAAAACAAAUCACCACUAUUGCUCUUACAUGGAUUAGAAAAAGCACCACAAACCGUUGAACAUUCUGGGUACAUGCAAUAUCUCAAAUAUAUAACGGUGAAAAAUCAUCAAACAUUGUCAAAAAUCGAUGAGUUUGGCAUGUCUCAUAACGAUGUUUUGCUGCCUCCCUUGCAGCCACUUCAUCAAAACUUGGACAAUUUCACAUAUUCUGUUUUUGAGUGUGAUACCGUAAAAUAUGAUCUCUAUGGGAAGGCUAUCUUUUCAGCUUUGAAUGACCUUUCCCAGCUUACUAAGAUCAAUAUUGCCAUCGCCGGUGCAGGAAAAGGUGGGCUGGUUGAUUGUGUAUUUAACAUCAUUACAAAACUCGAGAUACAAAACAAAUGUGUUGUAACAGCAAUCGAGAAGAACUCAUCGGCGGUGAUAAGUUUGGAACAACGCAAUAUCAUGAACUGGGGAUCAUCAAUUCAAAUAAUACAUACCGAUAUGAGAUCUUGGACUCCCAAAGAAAGUUACAAUAUUAUCAUCUCUGAACUUUUAGGGAGUUUUGGAUGCAAUGAGUUGUCGCCGGAGUGUCUUAAACCAUUGGAACAGUACCUAGAUCGAGAACAUGGAAUAUUUAUACCACAAGAAUAUACCUCCCACUUAAUACCAGUUUCAAGCCCCAAACUAUACGCAAAGCUACAAUCUCUUGGUAACCCAGACGCCUUCCAUAAACAAUACGUCUGCAAGUUGCACGAAUAUUCUCCUUGCUGUCAUAAGGCGAAUGAUCUGUGGACCUUCUCUCAUCCUCUAAAAACUGACCUCACAAAAAGAAGUAUAACAACAUUCAGGAUACAUGCUAAAACUACAAUCCACGGGCUCGCAGGAUACUUCAGUGCAAGGUUGUACAAGGAUAUCAUCAUCUCGACUAAGCCAGAUGAGCAUACGCAAGAUCUAAUUUCUUGGUUCCCAUUCUAUUUCCCCCUUGAAAUACCUUUGUAUGUAACUGAUGAUACAGAGUUGGAAGUAUCCAUGAUCCGUGGUCAUAGUGAAGGUAGAACUUGGUACUCAUGGUCAUUAGAAUGUUUCAUGUAUCUUAUUGUUCCAAGUGAAGACCGGGAAGAGUUACAGGUUCGUAUCAGGACAAACGGCACUAAAAUUCACAAUCAUAAAGGCAGAGCAUAUGCAAUCGAAGAAUCGAUAAUAUCUUAAUUAGUGGCAAGCCAAAGUUUACCUAAUCAUGAAUUAGCCAGGAUUACUUUGAACAAGACAUUGUUGCCUUGGACAUUGGAAUCUGCAAGA